AUGUACAUUAAACGACUCGAAAUCGAUGGCUUCAAGUCCUACUCGAAAUUGCAAGUGAUUGAUGGAUUUGAUACUCAAUUCAACGCUAUAACUGGUCAGCUUCAUGACUUGGUCUACAAACAAGGCCAGGCGGGUAUCACCAAGGCAACUGUAACGAUAACAUUUGAUAACAAAGACAAGAAACAUGGACCAAUAGGGUAUCAUCACUGUGAUGAGAUAGUUAUUCGUCGACAGAUUAUUGUUAACGGACGUAACUCAUAUACUAUUAAUGGAAGCACUGCAACAAAUGCGAAGGUUUCCGAUUUCUUUCGCAGUGUUGGCCUUAAUGUGAACAAUCCCCAUUUUCUUAUAAUGCAAGGACGCAUUACCAAAGUACUCAACAUGAAGCCUCACGAGAUUUUGGGCAUGAUCGAAGAAGCCGCCGGAACUAAAUUGUAUGAAGCCAAAAGAACUCUGGCUUUGAACACAAUCCAUAAAAAGCAGUCCAAAGUUGAUGAGAUUGAAAAGCUGAUGGCCGAGGACAUUUUGCCCCAAUUAGAGAAACUACAAAGGGAUAAGCAGAAUUUUCUGGAGUAUAAUAACUGCGAUCGCGAAAUUGAGCGUCGAGAGCGAAAACUCACAGCAUUCACCUACUACAUGUCUUUGGUUGGUUUGAACCCUUUUUCAUCAUUCUGUGCCGUUUUUACUUAUGAUGAUCGGCUAAGUUUAGAAUUGAAACUCCGAAGCACUGCUCGAGAAGUUUGCUGUGGAAAAAAAGCAACUGUCCUAGAGUCCCAACAGGAAGAUCUUACUCGUGUGGAGGAUGCUAAGAAAAGACGUCAUGCUGAGGCGUUUUCGUCAUUGGAGGGAAACGUUGCUGAGGAGCUCGCAAGAAUUGAAGCAUGUGAUGAGGAAAAACGUGAAUGUAAAGAAUCUUUUGGAGAGAUUCUAACAGAAUAUGAAGAGAAGCGGAAAUCUCUGAACAACGAAAUCAAGCAAAUGAAGAAGAAGGAGGCUGAUCUAGCUAAGUGGGAGAACGAAAUAGGAUCAAAGGAGGAAGCUUUCAAAACUGCUGAAGAG